AUGAUGAUGUGCUCUCGCUUGUGUCCCUCACUCCCUCGCCUCUUGCUGCUGAGGCUGAUGGGUACUGGGACCUCCAAGACGGUGGCAGUCAAGCAGCCCGACCUUCUUUCAGCGUCUCUGGCCUUCGAGGAUCCCAGUGCCUUCAGGGUGAAGAGUUUGGGUGAGCUGCUCCGUGCUCUGGGCAUCUUUCGCCUCUGCUCCUUCCCUGUGCUUGUCAACAACAGCGGGAAGCUGAUGUCGGUAGCACGCACACUCCUGGGCAGAAGGGGGUUUUCCUUGCUGCUGCGGCCCACCGUCUAUGCCCAGUUUGUGGCUGGAGAGAAUGAGAGUGAGAUUUCUCAGUCCAUGGAGAAGCUGAGCAUGCUGGGACUGAGGCCAAUGCUGGCCGUACCAAUCGAGGAGGAUCUGGGAGAGAGCACGGGAGAGAAGAGAUAUGACGACAACAUGGAGGCCAUGUUGGAAUGUGUGCAAAUAUCCCACAGCAAGGCCUGGAGCAAAGACCCAAUGAUGCAGCUAAAGAUCACAGCCCUGAUCAGCCCGGAGCUGUGUGUGAAACUUACGACCCUCAUGGCAGAGCAACCAUAUGACCUGAAUCUUCUUGUCAGAGCUAUGGAUGGAGAGUCAAUCAACUUCCCUGGUUUAGAUGACAGAGAAGUUGCCCAUUUCCUCUGUAGCCUGCAGAGACUCAACAAAAUAGCAGAGGCAAGUGUAAACAAAGUCAGAGUCCUGGUUGAUGCAGAGUACACCUACAUGAACCCCGCCCUCUCUCUUGUCACCAUGGCAAUGAUGAAGAAGUUUAACAAAGAUGGCACGUGGAUUUGGAACACAUAUCAGUGUUACCUAAAGGAGUCCAGGUCUCUCCUGUUAGAAGCUCUGCACCUGUCCAACAAUGAGGGUUUCUGUCUGGGGGUCAAGCUGGUACGAGGAGCCUACAUGGACAAAGAGAGGAAGCUGGCAGAGAAAGAGGGUCGUCAGGACCCCGUCCACCAGUGCUGGGAGGACACCAAUGACAGUUAUAACAGCUCGCUGGAUGUGAUGCUGGAAGCCAUUUCCCAGAAACCCGAGCGCUACAGGAUCAUAGUCGCCACUCACAACGAGGAGUCAGUGAGACGAGCUGCCAAACGGAUGGAAGAGUUGGGGAUAGACAAUGAUGGAGGCUCAGUAUGUUUCGGCCAGCUGCUGGGCAUGUGUGAUCACGUCUCCCUCACACUGGCUAAGGAGGGUUAUGCUGUAUACAAGUCAGUGCCAUACGGCUCAGUGGACGACACGCUCCCAUACCUUGUGCGUAGGGCUCAGGAGAACCGCACCGUGUUGCAGGGAAUCCGUAAAGAGAGGGACCUACUGAGGCAAGAGCUCUACAGGAGACUGAGUCUGAGGAGAGGCAGCUAAUAGGCCACCCACACAGAGGGGAAAUAGAGAAGAGGCAUUGGUGCUGAACCACUGGACACAUUCAUAUUAAGGUUUCCAAUCAGGCAACAAUGGAGCAAUAAGAAAGCAACAUGGAAACACUGUUGGCCAUUUGAAUAAAACGAUGUAAAAAUCCAUGCUCACUCACCUAUUUCUUGAGUUGUUAUGAAAGCCAUAACCUACUGUGUGCCAAUGAAGAAUUAGUGAAUUUAAAUUAAGCAUGACAACUUGCAAUAGUUGUAAUCAAAAUGACUGUGUAUGGUUCAACUUAACAAUUAAUGAUUUAAUGAAA